UUUGUUAAUUUUCCAUCAUAAACUUUGAAAUCGAGAGGCUUGUAAAACUAUAUGGACAAAUGAUAAAGACUUACUAUGUGUCUACAUCAAAUUCUCUUGAAAUUGAACAGCUGUCGACUAGCGCAUAUUUAAGAUGAGUUCUACUUGGUCAUGUUUCACAAAACAAAUCCGAAAAUACUUAUCAGACAGCGAUGAACAAAUUGUUAACAUACUGAGAAAAAAAUUUCUCCAGACAACUUACGAAUUUCAGAAAGCUGAGGUAUCUAAACCAAUAUUCGACAAAUGCAUAGCGGAUAUAGCAUUCAAUCCAGAUAGAAUCUAUGUUAUUUUGAAUGACUUAAAAACAACGUUUAAGUUACACACACCAAAAAUUGACAAAAAGUCCCAACAGGUUAUUACCAAACGACGUCUGGACUUCAAGACAAUAAGUCAGGAUGUUGGGAGUUCACAUAUUAAAUCACAUAAUUCCCCUAAUCGCUGUACAGAUGAUGACAUUUCUCAUAAGAAUUCGUCUCCAGUGUCAAGUUGUCCCGGUGAUGACGAUGUGAUCAUCGUUGACUCACCGGGUUCUUCAAAUGUUAUAAAACCGCCAUCAAACUCUGUCCAGUCGUCAUAUGGUUGUUUAAAGAAUUCGACAUCUGAAAAUGAAGAUUGGAAAGAGAAGUGUGUUGAUAGGAAUAAUGAAGAUUGCGGUGAUAUUCAGAAUGAUAAGAGAUGUAAGAUACUUGGUCGUUUAGAGUGCCUUAUGACACGUCUCUCUCAAGCUAUUCGAGAAUUGGAAGAAAAGGAACUUGAUUUUAAUGAAUUGGAUUCAUCCAAUUCACCUUACCUUAAACUGGAUGUUUUAAAACGUCAGUAUUUGAAAGUAUGGCGUAGACAUUGUGAACUACGUAAUGUUGCUCGAAAAUCUGGACGGAUAUUGCGUCAAAGAUUUGUAUAUAAUGGAUGCCAAUAUCCAAAAGUAAAUGAAAAAAUUGAAGAAAUCGUUAAUCAAAAAAGAUUGUUUCCUGAUUGGACUGAUAUUUAUCGAAUAGUUACUUCUGUAAACAAGGAAGAACAAUUGAAUUUGACGGGAUCAGCUGUCAAAUCUUUAGCGCGUGAAAUCUUCAUUGAUGUCGGAUAUACAUUAAAACAACGACGUCAAGAUGAUUUAAGACACGAUUUCGGAUGUCAUCUGACAGAUGACUUAUGUGAUGAUGAUGAUCCAACUUAUUCUAACCGAGAUUUACGAAGAAAACUAACUGAAAAUAAACGUAUAGGUGAUAACAAUCUAAACAAGGUAUUCAAACAUUAUAUUGAUCUUCAGCAUACUAUUCAGUCUGUUCAACAAAUUAUACAAGAUCCUGAACAUAACAAUAAGGUUGAGCAUGAUGUUAAUCGCCAGUCUAAUCUGAUGAAUUCUAGUAAGGACGUUUCUGUUCCUAAUCUAGCUUGUUUUGCAACGAACACUCAACAGUGUGAAGAUGAUAAACUUCCUAAUUCACCAACAACAUCUGAUGAUGUGUUAACUUUAAGUUCAGAUUCCGAUGAAAACGAGGAAACGAAUCCUGUUAAUAAUUUAGGUUCUGUAAACUCAUCAGUAUCAGGUUCUGAUGAAUUCACUCCUACUAUUGAUGUAUCACAAGGAUCUUCUGUAAAAAAUGUUAGACGAAAUGAAAAAAUCAAAAAUGAUAUCGAUGCUUCAAACACUUUGUCUGUCCCCGUAACGUGCUCUUCAACGACGUUACCGACAACUACGAUUGAUCUACUCGAUGAUGACAAUUCGUCGACGGAUUGUUCUACUUCAACACCUCGAGAAAAAAGACCAAGGCUGAAUUACUCUUGUCAUUCAACUGAUCCUUCUAUCACGUAUAAUCAUCAAUUUCCUUUCUCCACACAACUACUUCAAGAGACUAGACAAUCUAGCCAAGUUUUAACAGUGGCCACACGAUAUGGUCCAUAUGGAUGCGAUACAUUCAGUCAAAUGGCCAGUGCACAUGUUGUACACCGUUGUCCUGUAACUACUACUACACUAAUUACAAAUAAAAUACACGAAGAAUCCAGUCAACAUUUUGUUAAUAAUUCAUAUAAAUGUUCAUCAAUGGUACAUGUAAAUUCUUGCUCAUCCACUUUUAAACCUUUAACAACACUGUGUAAUAAUAAUUCUUCAAGUAUUUCACAUCCUACAACUACUCAAUUUCAUCUUCCUAAUUCAUAUUCUUUAAAUAAUACCAACAAUGUUACAACAUCAUGUAAAAAUUCUCCUCGAGUUUAUGAUCACGAAACCAUUGAAAUUGAUUGAAAAAAUUGUGUAAAUUCCCUGUUCUCCUAUUUCAUUUCGUACUUACAAAUGUAUUUAUAAUUCAGUUUUUUUCUUUUGUGUCUAUUAAUAUUUAUUAACGGAAAUGCAGAAUGGCGCGUUUACCUUGAGACAUUUUUCUCCUCAGAAGUGUGGUGCUUUUCUUUAAAUCGCUUUAUCGGUAAACACAAUUUUGUUUUCUUUUUAUAUUUUAAACAUAGAUUAUUACUUUUCCUAAUUAUUAAAAAAUGUUUUAUCUUCAAAGUAAAACCAUUAUUAUCAAUCCUAACUAGUUUCUAAACACGAAGUAAAAAAUGGGUUCACUGUUAAAUUGCUUAAUUUUAAAACAAUGUUCUUAAACGAGUUUGUAGGUGUCAUUACCAAGACUUGAUUUGAUAAUUUUGAAUAAAUUGAGCAUUGGGUAGAUUGUUAUAAAUAAAUUAUAUAUUUGUAAUAUCCCAAUGAGUAG